CAUCGAAGACAAGAUUUCUCCCUCCAGACUGCAUUUCUUUCACAUUUCUUCUCAAACUGAACUGAAAUGCCUGCAGAGAGGCGAUCAGCAAGAGGCAGAUCUGCAGUAGGUCGCUUUCCAUCUGUCACUUUUGGAUUUGAGGAGGACACAGAGGCAGAAAAAGAAGAGCCAAAGGAAAACAAUGUUAAAAAAGGAAAUGCAUGCAAGGAGUGGCUGCGUAAGGUCUGCCCAUGCUGCUGUCCCAAGCAUGAUGAUGCCAUAGACACUGAGGUCACGCUGGUUGAUGGGCCGGGUAAGGAGGACGGGGGAAACGGCGAGAAACCUGUGCCUGGUGACAAAGAGGUUGACGAAGUCCUUCUCAAAGUGAAGUCAAUAGACCUCCUGAAAAGCAAAUCAGGGGCGAAUCGCACAGAGCAUCACACUCAUCUCUACCAAAGUGAUAAUUUAAUCAUCCGCAGGGGGCAGAGUUUCGAGAUGUGGAUAACCUUAUCUCGACCUUUCAACCCCUCCUCCGAUGAGCUUCAUCUCGACCUUAAAACAGGUCCACUGGCAGUAGUGGCAAAGGGAACUCAUGUAAUCAUCCCACUGGUGGCGAAGCUGGAGGGUGAUCGCUGGGAGGCUGCUGUUGUGAAACAGGAGGACAAAAAGAUAAAACUGUUGGUGAAUUCUCCAGCCACAGCCGUCAUUGGCCGAUAUCAACUCACAGUGGAAACAAAUAAUCAAAAUGGAUCGGCCAGUUCCACACAUGACCCUGCCAAUGACAUCUACAUAUUGUUUAACCCCUGGUGUCAAGAUGACAUUGUGUACAUGGAUUCUGAAGAUGAAAGGCAAGAGUACAUCCUAAAUGACACUGGACGAAUCUACUAUGGCACAAAGGAUCAAAUUGGAGCGAGGACAUGGAACUACGGACAGUUUAAUGACAGGAUUCUGGCUGCUUGCCUCUUUGUCAUGGAAAAGAGUGGAACUUCUCCAUCUGGGUGGGGUGACCCAAUUAAUGUGGUGCGAAUCAUCUCAGCAAUGGUAAACUCCCCUGAUGACCAAGGUGUUUUGGAGGGAAACUGGUCAGGAGAUUAUUCAAAUGGAACUUCUCCAACAGUGUGGAGUGGAAGUGUAGAAAUCCUUGAGGAAUACCACAAAAAGAAUGGAACCCCUGUUAAAUAUGGCCAAUGCUGGGUCUUUGCUGGUGUAGUCACUACAGUUUUACGGUGUUUAGGCAUUCCCACCCGAACCGUGACCAACUUCAGCUCAGCACAUGACACAGAUGUUUCAUUGACAACAGAUGUGUACCUGGAUGAGAACCUGGAGCCUAUAGAGAACCUCAAUGUGGACUCAAUUUGGAACUUCCAUGUGUGGAAUGACUGCUGGAUGGCUCGUAAGGACUUACCUCCUGGCCACGGAGGAUGGCAGGCUGUCGACGCCACGCCUCAAGAGACCAGCCAGGGCACCUACUGCUGUGGCCCUGCUUCUCUCGCCGCUGUGCGCUAUGGUCAGGUCUACCUGAAACGUGACACGGCUUUUGUGUUUGCUGAGGUGAACAGUGAUAAAAUCUACUGGCAGAAGAAUGCAGAUGGGACCUUCACUCAAAUAUACAGUGAGAAAAAGAUUGUGGGCAUCUCCAUCAGCACCAAAGCAGUUGGCUCUAAUGAACGCAGUGAUAUCACCCACCUUUACAAACAUCCUGAAGGCUCAAAUGAGGAACGCAUCGCUGUGGAAACAGCAUGUAGCUUUGGCUCCAAAGCAAAAGCUUAUUCAUCUCCUACAGCUCAGGAUGUCUCUUUAGAAGUUACGCUAGAUGGUGAAGGUCCUAAAAUGGGAAAAGAUGCAGAGCUGAUGAUCACGUUGAAAAACAGCAGUUCACAGCAACGCAGUGUCAGUCUGCACAGCCAGGUGUCAGUCAUGUACUACACCGGUGUCCACAAAGCUACAGUCAGAACUGACACGACAGAUAUAGAAGUACUUCCCAAUGAGGAGAAGAUUCUGGAGUGGGCCCUGGAAUACAAAGACUACAAGGACAAACUGAUAGAUCAGGCUGCCCUGAUGCUUACAGUAUCAGGCAGGGUCACAGAAACACAGCAGAUCCUUGCUACUCAGUUCAGUUUCCGACUCAGAACACCAGACCUCAUCAUUAAACCACUGGGGAAGGCUGUGGUAGGAGAGAAGAUGUCAGUAGAGAUUUCAUUUACUAAUCCACUGCCACAAGUGCUGAAAGCAGUGGUAUUCCAUGUGGAAGGACUUGGCCUUCUGACUGCUCGAAUGAUAAAUUAUGGAGAUAUUGGCAGCCACGCUUCUGUGUCUCUCACUGAGCGGUUCAUCCCCACCCUUUCUGGAACGAGAAAAUUACUAGUUUCACUGGACUGUAAGCAGCUCACACAGGUUCAUGGUGUGAGUGACAUCACUGUGGAGGAGAAAAGCAACGCCCCUCUAUAGUGAUAAUAGAGCCACUUUGAGGCUGAAUGCUGACAGUUAUUUCCUUUAUAUAGGCACUGAUUGUGUCUUUUUUCCUGCUUUUUGCCUUCUAUAUGA